CAAGGAUAAACUAGACUACAUCGGGAAUUUCCCUCCGCCACUACUGGGAGCCCAAGAAAGAGAAGACAAUAACGGAAUAAAACUAUAUUAAUCUUUGAUUUAAAGAAAAUUUGACAUUUUGGCUCGGCCCGUUUUCUACUCGUUUGCUGUUAGCUUAGUUAUUCCACUGGGCACAAAACAAGAUUUGUGGUCAAAUCAUGGUUGGUGGCAAUAAGCGGCUGCUUCUAUUGUCGAAGGAGGAUGCCUGUUGGCUUCCGCUACUUUCCUUGUGUCUCUUUCCUGCUUGCUUAUUCUUUUGAAAAUGUAUGGAAUAACGAAUAGUUCUCUAUUACAAAUCUGCAAUGAAAGAAAGUCAUAAUUCGAGGAGAUCGAAUUGCGUGUUUAUGUUUGGGUUUUAUAAUUUAUUUGGAACUAUACUCUGCGUGGUUUGGUGUCGCUACACUUUGUUUCAACUCGGUGGUAAGCCUUUUCUCCGCAAAUGGAACCUGGAUUAUACCAUACUUGGAUAAAGUUUCUGAAGUUCCCACAAUAACAAAUAAACACCUUUUAUCGCCGUGGAUUAUACAUAAAGAAACCCCGGAUAACACAAUAGUAGGAUAACGUUUUCUGGAGAUGAGGAAUGCGGAGUGAAAGAGGCGUCUAGAAGGAUGCUGUUUCUUGUAAAAUGGAAUUGAAUAUUUUUUUUGCAGUUUUGGUGGUUUGUUCAUUUUUGUCGAGUUUCAGCCAAGAACUCAAUCCCAAAGGCAGGAAUGUAUGCAAACUACCAGGGUCACCAGUAUUGGUGUGCUGCAGCGGGUGGGGGCAGCUAGGAGAUGAAUGUUUGACACCUCUCUGUGAAGGGAACUUUACCUGUAAGGAGAAUGAGCUGUGCAUCAGGCCCAAUGAAUGUCGCUGUCGACAUGGAUAUUUCGGAGCCAGUUGUGAUACAAAGUGCCCAACCCAAUUCUGGGGCCCCGACUGCAAGGGCAAGUGCCAGUGCUUCCCCAACGGCCAGUGUGACGACGUGACGGGCAAGUGCACAUGCAACCCCAACCGCUGGGGGCCCAACUGCGAGAAGCCCUGCCUCUGCCAGAAGGGCAAGUGUGACCAGGACACGGGCUCGUGCACAUGCCACCAUGGCUUCUGGGGCACUCAGUGUGCUAACAACUGCUACUGCAGUCUCAACUCUGUCUGUGACCAGAACACAGGAAGGUGUAACUGUAGUCCAGGCUGGUCUGGGAGGAACUGUGCCAUCCAGUGUAACUGUAAUAACUCGCCAUGCGAGCAGUUUACGGGUCGGUGCCAGUGCCAGGAGAGACUGUGGGGCCCGCGGUGCGAGAGGUAUUGUCAGUGUAUCCACGGGAAGUGCAACCAGGGGGACGGCUCGUGUACCUGCACGCCAGGGUACCGAGGGAAGUUCUGCAGGGAACCGUGUCCCGCUGGGUUCUACGGACAGAACUGCAGGAACAGGUGUGGGCACUGUAAGGGGCAGCAGCCCUGUAAGAUAACCGAGGGGAGGUGUGUGACCUGUGAGGGGGGCUGGAACGGGACAAAGUGUGACCAGAUGUGCCUGCCAGGCUUCUUCGGAGAGAACUGCCUGGACGAGUGUCCUCCGUGUAAAGACGGCCACUUCUGCAACCGCAUCGACGGAAAGUGCUCCCACUGCAACCCCGGCUGGAUCGGGGACAGCUGCAACAUGACGUGUCAGAUGGGUCAGUAUGGAGUGAACUGUGCCCAGACCUGCACCUGUCACGACAACAACUGUAACCCAGUGUCGGGGGCCUGCAACCUACAGCCUAACCAGCGGAUGGGCGUGAUCGCGGCGGGAACCCUGGUCUCCUUUCUGCUCACUGUCCUCCUCUCACUCCUCUGCUGCUGCCUCUGCAGAAAUAAAGACCAACACAAUCCUGACCAAGACAACUCUACCAACAGUAAAAAAGCCAAGCGGAUCCUGUGUGGACGAUUCAGCCGAAUCAGCACCAAACUCCCCCGGAUCCCACUGAGACGGCAGAAGCUGCCUAAAGUAGUCGUAGCCCACCACCACCCUGAGAACACAUUCAACUGCAGCUUCAUCGAGCCCCCCUCUGUAGCCAAGCUGCCCUGCCCCUCCUCUUGGUCCUCCCAGGAGUCCUUCGAUUCCUUUGAGGAGGAACCCAGUGAUGAUGGCCCUGUGUACUGUGUUCCCCAUGAAGAGUCGCUGAAUGAGAAUAAGGAGAAGGACAGACCCCAGCCAGCAGCAGCCUUCCACAGUGAGGAUGAUACAGGGGGGUACACCUCCCUAAAAGACACCAGUGCCAGCACCUACAAACCCCAGGAUGGGAGCGAAGCGCCCCUCCUCAAGUCCUCUGACAGCGAGGGCUCCACCAGCGGCUCCGAGUCAGCCAUUGGGGCCCUCUACGCCCGCAUUGCACACCUCUCCAAGAACUCCAAGGAGGAAGAGGAUGGGGGCGACAGCAUGGUCACCAUCGAGGUCAAGGGUAACGGGAAACCACCGUCCCCGGGGGGAAAGACCACAACCAAACCGCGCCCGCCGGACCCCUCCACCAAACCCAAGGUGUCGUGGAUCCAUGGGAACAACGGGGGUACCACUCUCCAGGUGGAGAAGCCGAACCAGGGGGGCAAGGGGCUAACAUUUCCCAAGGUGAAGACAACCAGGAGCUCCAGCAACAGCUCAGCCAAGAGCGAAGAGAGGCAGAGGCUGAAGGAGAAUGCCAAGGAGAAGAGCAACCAGGAGGGAAAGGGGACAGAGGUCAACGGCUCCCCCAGCAAACACAAGGCCCACCGGGUGGGGAGGUCCGGAGAGAACAUGAACCACAUGGAGCACAUCAACGGGGUGGUGCAGAACGCUCUCAAGAAGAUCGGCAACUUCCACAACUCCAACUCCGACAAGAAGGCAGCCGCUGUGGAGACCCCCAAGGAGCCGCCCAAGAGCCCCAAAGUGAUCCACCCACACAUGAACUCCGAGGCCGCCACACUCCUGGCCGCCCAGCUCAAGGAGAAGACGCAGAGCAUCACCCGGAACGAGGGCACAUGCCUGGUAAAGACCAACGGCCUGUCCACCCCGAUCCUCCGGGACCGAGGAGACCGGGAGAAGCCCACCCCUCCGCAGAAGGCCAAACGGACCACCACUCCCACACCAGGCCACCAGGGCUCCAACAAGCCGCUGCUGCCUAACACCACCAACCUCCAGAAGAUGGUUGGUGUGGGGGUCCCCAAAACGGACCCGGCCAGCCCUGAGAUCGCCCCCAAGAGCCCGGAGAAGCAGGACUUGAACGGCUCUAGAGUGGGAGAGGGUGGUGGUGGUGCAGGGGACCCCACGCCAAAGAAGACCCCUAUCAAAAAGCCUCCCCGAAAGAAAGGCAAGGACGGGACUUUGGAUACUACUCUGGAAACUAAGACACCGACAAAGUCAGCAAUUAUGCCACCGCAGAUAGUCAAAUAGACAGUUUUUUGUAUUGUUUCUCACAGACAGGACAAUGGUGACAAUGGUGAAUUAAUUACUUUUCUUCCAAAGGAGACAUGCAAAAGGACUUGGUGGUUGUUCAUCAAAGGAAUUGAUUACUUUUGCAUGUGUUGUGUGUCCAGAACCAGUGGAAAGUAAGUAGAACUUGUUUUUAAACUGUGGUUCUUCUCAUUGGUGUGGGAGUGUGUUUGUAUUAUAUUAAACUGUAUACCAUACUAGUAUUACAUGGACUGAAAUUGAAAGUAAUUUCAUGGACUCUUUUCAUAAACCUGCAAUGUAUCCAUUUUCCACUACAACGCCGAACAUAACUGGGGGAGAGUGCUGACAGUGGCAAGCAAUUGUAUUUAAUUUCCUCCAUAUUUCUCCAAUGCACACAACUAUGUAUUCAUGUAAGAAUCUCAUCAUUGUAUCAUUAUAAUUUAAAUACUUUUUUCCUCAAUAUUGUAUGUGAUGCAGUACCAAUCAAAUCUAUGCAAUGUAAGUGAGGUCAAGUAAGGCUAAGUUGAACCAAGGUACUGAGAAUACGAGUACAAUAUUUUUUCUGUUUGAUUAAAAUUAGCCAGCUACAGUCCAUAAAGGAGAUUGUUGACCUCUUUCUUUCCAUAUUUUUUUUAAAUAUGUUGUGUAAUACAGAAUACAAACCAUUUUAAUUUAAGUACAGUAUCUAGCUCGUCCUGAGUUGCCCUUUUCUUCAAAUCAAGAUUCUCUCCUGUGGCAUUGGAUUUUCUGGUCUUUAGAGAGUACAUUCUUUCACAAUUCUGUCAGUCAUGGUUUGUUGGCAAACUAAUUAGCUUUUUGAACCCAAGCAAACUGUUAAGGGAGCAUUACGUUGUCAUUCUGCUCCUAACAGAGCUAUGAAUUAAUUUUUGUCCUCUCUAAUGGUUAUUCAUUUUUGGUCCGUAUCUCUAAGGCCAUACACUGUGUUAGGUCCUGUUGUCCCUUUGAGAAGACAUUCUGGGAUUUUCUAUGAUAUCACAUGUGGGGGUGUCAUCCUGAUAAAAAAAGAAUCUGGUUCAAAAUUAGCACAUUUUAUUGUGUUAUUAUCAUUUUUGUGAUGUGUUUUCCACAUUAAAUAAGACUAAAUGUCAUCUCUAGUGGACAUCAGGAUCGCUAACUAUGUGUUUUACCAACUGUCCCCAUUUACUGUAAUGUUAAUUUUUUUAUAUUUACUAUCAACCGAUUCCUAAUGACCACUACAGUGCACAUACAAUACAAAAUAAAUUCAAACAUUUUGUGAUGCAAAAAACAUAAGAAUUCGAAUCCUUUUUUUUGCUGGGUCUCAGGAGGAUAUCUGACUUUUGCUAAAGGCACGCACCAUACCUGUAAAACCAGCAAAAAAAUAAAUGCUAAGCUAUCUUUUCCGCGUGCUUAUCGAAUAGCUAGCUAGUGUAAAUGCCACACUUUUAGGUUCCUUCCAAAUCAAUGGUUGUCAGCUUCAAUCUCACCCACGUACGGGUAAGCAACGCUCCGUAUCAUAUAAUGUUUCUAUGCAUUGUUGUUUCAUAAAGGGCACGAUGGCUUAGUCAUCUGGUCUUUCUUAUCACAACGUUGUCUAUUAAGGUUGAAAGCAUUGAGGAAGUUUCCCUAUAAAAGGGCAGGGAGUCUGUUCAGACAAACACAUUUGAUUGUGAACUGAUACCUCCCUUCGCUGCUUCUCCGAUACAUUAGUGUAUUAUUAUUCUGUGGAAGGCCCUGAGUAGCUACAUCUUCUCUGAUUAUAAAGGCAUGGUAUAGUGGAAUACUCGAUACAGCAAGUAUUUCAAUCGCGAUAGUAAAUAGAAAAGUAAUAAAGAACAUCCUUGUCUUACACCUCUAGAUAAUUUAAUAUUCUCAGAAAAAGUACCAUUAUUUAUAAUUUCACAUGCAAGGUUGUUGUGCAUUACUUUUCUGCUGUUUUGCCAAGAGAUUAAACCACUAGUGUCUGAUGGUAUCAUUCAUUGUUACUGGGAAAUAUUACGUAGCAGAAGAAAUACAACACAAACUGAUACUUCAAUCAUUAUCUUCCUGUGGUUUAAUCCACAUUCACUAUUACAUGACUUAAAGUCUAGACAUGUUAUAUUGGUUUGAUGCAAGGUUGACUUUGUCCCAACUUGAAUUACGAAGUGUGGUAUAUUGGGGUGGGGGGGUAUAAGUAUUUGAUAAAAUAUAUAAUUUGGCCUUUAGUACCAAAUCCAAUAGAAACGCAUUGAAUAACACAUUCAUAAAUGGCAAAAAAGACAGUCAAAAAAUAAAUCAUAAGGAAUAAGGUUUUAUAGUGUCUGUCAUAUAUAUAGGAGACACGAAAGCUCAGGAAAUGAAAAAGUUUUUUUUGUUUUUUAAAAUACAUAUUUAACCUAUUUUUUUGGGUAGGCACACAACUACCUCCAUACUUCC